AUGAAAUGGGAUAAGGUAAUACCGAUAUUGGAACUUGAAGGGCUUGCGCAAUUGGAUAGGCUUACAGCGAACUGUAAUGAUGAUAUGCUUAACACUCCAAGUGCAUUGGGGAAUAGGGCUCGAAAGCUUGAAGAACCGCAAUCGAAUAUGCCUCUAGUCAAUAUACGAGAUAAGCAAGGCGACCAUAGGGAGGAAAGAUACCCACGGGCAGAUGUUCUCGACGAAUCUGCAGCUGUUACAGAAUCCGCAGCUAUAGCUAUUGAAUCAGCUCUUAGAGGCUGUGUUAGCUACACUGGAAUGUAUCCGUACGUGGAUAUGGAUAGAGCCGCGGCAGACUUCAUGGUCUAA